AUGAACAAGGAUGAAACCGAGACUAUCGAAAUUCUGCUGCCCAGACCCUUGAUCGGCCGGUUGCUAAAUAUUACUCUCUCCAAAACCGACUACGGGGAACGAUAUCUGGGGCUCGUGUCGUUCGUUGGCCUGUGGGCGAAGAUGAUCUACGGCGCAUUCCGUCGUUGGUACUCCGGUACAGUGAUGCGUACUCCCCUUCUCUGGCUCUCUUCGGCCUUGGAUGACCAGCUCAAACGCCCCAUGGCAAUGGCGUUACAUGCCAAACCAGAAAACACAGAGAGCACUCACCAUACAGGUGGGGGAGGGGACAUGUACCAAACUUGUGCCCUGUCACGAUGGCGUGAUCUAAGACCACGAGAGGCCGACGUUCAUUUCUUCGGCGAUUCGAGCCCGGUGUGGCCCAAAAGCUUGGUUUGA